CACCACUGACAAAGAAUAUUGCAAAGAGCUUCGGGAGACCGCAGUCUCUGGCAGGUCCUCCUGAUCUAGGUAUCAAAUCACAUACAUAUCCGCCUUCAGUUUAUUUCUUGCAUCAUUAGAAGAUGAGGGCCAUCGAAAAGAGUCUCCACGCCGCACCAAUGUGACGCCGUCCUCAGUCCCGAAGUCAUCAAAAUCCACUCAGAUUUCCGGCGCUCCCAAAAACUUGAAACAUGGAGAAUCAACCCCACCUAUCAGUGCAAAUAUCGCCCGCGACUUCAUUCUUGCGACUCCGAAAAAGCCAAAGCCUAUCACUGUCGCAGCAAACAACAUGCAUGCAACCCCACAUAUUAAUACGAAUAUUGCCCGCGACUUUGUGCUUACCACUCCGAAAAAGCCGAAGUCUAUCAAUUCAGCAGACAACAUGGAUGGUGGGUCCGUUCCUUUGGGUUCCUCGCUCAUUCUUUUCAAGCAUCAAGCGAUGGACCUCGAGUGGUUGCUCGAGCGGGAGAAAGCAGGACAAGGAGGUUCGAUACUCGCGCACGAGAUGGGACUCGGAAAGACCAUAACUUCCAUCGCAUUGAUAAGGAAGACGCUUCAAGAGUGGAAAGCGGUAGAUCUCAAGAACUUGACUGUGCUUCCUUCUUCUAGGACCCGUGGCUCCGGCAAAGCGCCCCUUGCUCGGCCGAAGACGACACUGUAAACCCGAUGUUACCUUGCCACUGAUGUCUUACUCACGGUCUAUAAAGAGUUGUUGUUCCUAGUGUCUCUCCGCGAGCAAUGGAUGCGCGAAAUUGAAAGAUUUAGUGAUGGACUAACAGCGAAAGUUCAUGAGGGGCACAUGAGCAGAUGUUAACGACCCCUGCAUGAAAGUGCUCCUGAUGUCCAUUGAUGCGGUGGUGUCGGACUGAACAUUACUGUCGCAAAUCAUGUUAUCCUCGUCAAUUUGUGGUGGAACUGUUGCAAAGAGGUGAGUGGUUAAAGCGAAGCGCGCUAUCGAUAAUGUAGAAGGCCAGCGAUAUAGGUACAGACCAUCUCCCGAUCUCACCGUUUUGAUCAAAACAAG